CCCCUACCCCAUAUUCAUUUCUCUUCAUAUCUGCACCAUUUUCUAGUGUGCCCGUGUGCUUGUAUUGUUUUAAAACUUCAAAUCUUGUUUUAUCUCUCCAUAUAUUCUGUCAUACAUAUAUGGCAACUGGUACUGGUACUGGUACUGGUACUGGCACUCCUUGUGGUGCAUGCAAGUUUCUCCGUCGCAAGUGCGCGGCUGAUUGCAUCUUUGCCCCUUACUUUUGCUCCGAGCAAGGACCGGCAAGAUUCGCAGCCAUUCACAAGGUAUUUGGUGCCAGUAAUGUGUCCAAAUUGUUGCUGCACAUUCCUGUGGCUGAUAGAUGUGAGGCUGUUGUUACUAUUGCUUAUGAAGCUCAAGCCCGGAUUCGAGAUCCCGUUUAUGGUUGUGUCUCUCAUAUUUUUGCCUUACAACAACAGGUGGCAUAUUUGCAAGCUCAACUGAUGCAAGUGAAGGCUCAGCUAGCUCAGAACCUAAUUGAAUCAAGGAAUCAAGAAAAUCAAUGGCCAGGCUGCAACAUUAAUGGUGGAAUGGCAUCAUCAUUUCAAAAUUUUCCGACAAAUUACAUGAAUUCUUCUUCAAUCUCACCUCAGAGCUCACUUGACUCAAUUGAUCAUCAUCACGGAAAUAUCAGCAUGCAAGAUUUUGAAAGCAUCAGAGAUGAAGUCACACUCCAACCCUAUUGUAGCAAGAAAAGACAUUCACAGACUGACUUGAGUGAGCUUCAAGCACUGGCUCUCAGAAUGAUGAAACACUGAUGUUUUAUUUUGAUGUUAACUGUUGAAAUCAUUUUAUUAAUGAUUGUAUAUAUGGAUAUUAUGACAAGUUUAUUUUAGUAUAAUAUGUUAUGAAGCCUAAAUAGGUAUUUUCCCUCUUAAUUCAGAUUAUAAUUCAUCUUAUC